GUAAAAAAAUCUGCAAAAUGAUUCUCAGUUUCACUGGCUAGCACCUUUUUGAGGGUGUUUCCCAGUUGGAAGAUACUGGCUACACUUGAAGUGAUUCUGUUGGUGUCACCUUUUGGCCACUUAUUGCAGCCAGUGCUGCUUUUAUGUCUGUCACACACUGUAGUAUUUUUUAACUCUUCAAACAGAGGGAAGAAAGAGUGGAUUGUGAAGAACCUUGUUGCAGCUCCUUUGUGCCAAAGAUUGUAAGGCACAAUCUAGUUCUUGGCACUAUUACAGCUGGAGAGACAUCUGUGGUUCUGAGAAGGAAGAAAUCUUUGGAUCAAAAUCAGUUUGUGCAGAGGAACACACCAGGUCCUCUGGAGAGGCUGCUGUGGAGCACAGGACAAGGAUUCUGCCUCAGGACAUCCCUUGUACUUUAAUGCUACAAGCUCCUGUGUAACUGGUCAGGUUAGAAGACGCUGCUGCUCAAAAGUACCCAAACGAAACAAAUAUUCACGUGAAGGAAACUUACUGAGUGUUUGGAUUGGGAAAAAAAACAAGAUUAGAAAAUAUUAGAAUCCAUUUAAUGCCCACAGAAUAAAACAAUCAAGAGAAAUUUGAUCAAGUCUGAUUAAAGGAGUAUCCUCACCGAUAAGAACAGUUGCAGAAGUGAAAUAUUAUCCUGCCUUUUCCCAGCUGUAUUCCAUCACCAUUCAUCUGUGGCUGCAUUCAUUUUAUGUUUUGAGAGAUCAACCGAAGUGUGGUUCUGUAAAUUCCCAGAAAUCCAAUUUUUGAACCCACAGCUCUACCAGGAACAAGAAUUGGCUGAGAUUGAAUUUGUUCUAAAUAUGUGCAUCUAAAGACUGUGUAUAAGUUCUAAAAUUAUUCCAGUGCCAACAAGGAGAUACUGCAAGCCUUGUCGUUGGCGAGACCCUAUGUUUUCUGGACCACUUCCACAGCUAAAAUAAGCAGACUGAGAGGAGGGUGAAAAGCAUCUGCCUACAUGCACAACCAACAGUGCUUCACUAUCUUGAGGAUCUUCCUUUGACAGACAGGACAUGAGUGUACAUUGCUUUGUGUUUGGGGAAAGACUUCAUUACUGUUUAUUCAUUCCUUCACUCAGGCACCUUUGAUAGUAUUAACCUGGCAGAAAGAGUCAGGAAAAGUUGUCUGGCUGCCACCAGACUUUGUGGAAUAUUCCACUGCACCAAGCAGGGAUUUAGCUCCUCAAGUAAGAGAAUGAAAAGGUAGCUGAAUUGCAUUGGUUUGCAUUUCUAAACGCCUUUUAGGCAUUCCAUUGUCUAAAAGGGGGUGAAGGGCUGAUGCUUUUGUUUCUAAUUAUCAGUAUACAUGCAUAUUUAACCUUUUCUUGAAUCAUUUAUUUUAUAUUAAUAUAAGGUGUUUGUUUUUAAGAUUAUCAAUCAUUUAUGAUUUUUCCUGUAACCCUUGUGCUUGGUGCUUGCAAUCCACUUGGAAGUAUAAUUCUACAAAUGAUAAAAAUCUUAUCAUUUACAAAGAGCUGAGAAACUAGAUAAGCAGAUUAUUAAAAUAGUGGUGAUGGGCCAGAUUCAAGUAAGCUUUUCAAUAUUUCCUCUGAGGGGGCUAAAUCUGACUUUAAAAUCAAAGUGGCCUGGUUUUAACUUCCUUAAGAGUGUCAUCAGGUGGUUAUUGAAGAGCAUACUGAAUAGAUGCUGAACCUAAUCAGAUUUCAUCUGCUCCUCUGAAGCCAGAAGGCAGCUGUUCUUUCAAGGCAAUGGAGUUGUGUGAUCACCUCAAUAAAAAAAGCUUACUGGAGCAUGAAAUAAAUGCUAAUAAUACCAAAGGGCUGAAUAACAGAAACUGAAGCACCCACGGAUACUUCAGCCAUGUGUCUUCUGUGCUUUCCUAACUGUCCUCUCCAUUGCUGCUGUUUCUCUGCCUGGGGGAGAAUCCUUAAAACUGAAUUACUUGGUUGUUCAUAAAUUCAGUUCUCCUUUUAGUGAAUUUGAGGAGGAGUAGAAACCUUUUCUGCUGCUGGGUAAAUUGCAGAUUGCAAAUAGUAAUUUUUCUGUCAGUACUCAUAGUGCUACUCUUUCUCUUAACAUAAUUAUCAGUAUGAUAGAAAUGGUUUCAGUGCCCUUCACAAUUUGGGGGAGUUGAAUGCGAACAGUCAGAGGUCUGUUGUAACUCACACAAGCAAAUGCAAUUCCAUAAGGUCAGGUAUAUGGGCACUUACUCAAGGUCCUGCUCUUAUUGAGAAUAUUUCUAUUGUACUGAGCAAUUGAACCUAUUUCUGGGUCUUCCAUGUGCUUGCUAUUACUUUAUUUUCAUAUUGGUUUUGAGAGUAGGUAGAUCUGACUCAACUUCCCAUUUGUGAAGACCUGACCAUAGAUAGCAUUUUUUAUAUCAAGGAUAAAGGAACUGCCAGUCCUCCUUACAAGACCUCUGAGUCAGGAGGUUGGUGAAGGAGCCGUGUUUCAUUGUUCGGUUCUGAUCAGAGAGCCAACAGAUUUUAUUUCUGUUGUUUUGUGGUGAUUACAGAAAGAAUCUGUAGAAUAUAAAUGACAAGUAAAUGUAAAAAGCAGUUUUGGUAUUGUUUGCAACAGCGUUUUUUUCUCUAGAAUAUGGCCAUGUGUUUACAGCUGUGUAUAAAGCUUCACUAACAGGUUUGAAUAUUCUGUUCUCUAAUGUGAGUUUAAGGCCUUUUCUUUUAUAUCUGAAAAAUGCUCUAAGAUUUUCCUCUUUGCCUCACAUCCUCCAAACAGCAUGCUCCAAACUCUCCAACCCUCCUUCAUGCAAGAUAUUCCCUCUGAUAAAAAAGCAUAAGCCCCAGAGACCACUAGCACAAUUCUUACAAAAAUAUUCUGUGUAGGAACAUAAUCUGAGGUAACUGGGAGUGGGCUGGGCCCAGCCUCAUCCCCAUGGGCACAGCUGUGAGGAGCAGGUGAGCAGCAGUGACAGCAAUGAGCCAGGGAGUGACCAGGGCACUGACCAAAAAGGGAGCAGAGGGCUCACAGGUGCAGUGCAUUAACAAUCAGGGGUAUGAAAGGCUGGGCUGAAGAAACAGAAGGGCAGAUGCUUGCAGUCUUCUGAAGUGAUGUGGUGCUACUCUGUAUGGGCAGAUGUCCGAAGCCUUCUGAUGUGGUGAGGUGUUACUCUGUAUGGGCCUAAAGCCUUCUGAAACUGUAUGGUGACUCUGUAUAUUGUGGCUGUCUCGACUGCAGUAUGUGCUGUGGCAUAUGCUGAGACAAAUCUGGAUCUCUGGAGAGAUCCCAGGACAUAACUUAAUGCACUCACCAAGUUUCCCAGGCUGGCCUCAAUCCUGGGUUGGGGGCUAUUCCAGUAAACAAUGCUACUUGUCUGAAGUCCUAGCCUUGGCUGAGGAGACUAUAGCAGGAUCCUCCGAAUAAUUUCAGCGUGGAUUCUGACUGCUGCCAAAAUGCUUUGUUGCUUCAUAUAGAGGUAUGACACACAACACAGAAUGUUGUGUGUCCUUUUGAGAGUAAUUCCUCAGCAGAGUUUUACUCUUAUGUACCAGGCCAUUUCUCCAUGUGGUACGACAGAGACCAUCUGAUCAUGGUUUCACUUACAGGCAUCUGUUCUUCCUUUUUAUUUUCCUUUCACUUCUACAUGUAUUUGUCUGGCAUUACCGGAAGAGAAACAUAUUUGCUCAGUGGCUUUUCAAAAUACACAAGCUGUAUGCUUAUAUAAAGUAAAUUUAUCUUGUCCAAGCUGACAAAUGCAUUUUUUGUGUCUUGUGUUUUUGUGUGCAGUCGGCUGUCAAGAUAGAAAAUUGCACAGCCCUUAAGUUGCAAUAAAGAUGUUUCCGAAGUGUCUCUAUGCCUGACAGAACAGAUGUUGAAUCCUGGUCUGACCCUGUCAAUUAAGUGAGCCAGGUGCCUCCUCACUUUGUUUACAGCUUAAUACCACUAGCUAAAACCAAAUCAGUCUGUUUUGUUUGGCACUAUGACUGUGAAUUGUCAGGAGCAUGGGAGAAAUGAUCCCUGCUGACAGGGACUGUUGGUUUAGAGGCAAGUGUUGGGAUCUCUUUUUCUAAGUGGGGAGUAGGAGAAAUAAAAAUAUGUAUUCUUUAUACAAAAUAUUAUCCCAAAAGGUGUAAUGGGGGUUCUUGAUGUUGGCUUUUCAGCUCUAGACUGGCUUGCAACUGAUGCAAGGGCCCAGGGGUCCUCAAGGAAUUCAGGGUUUUGGCUCUGGUGAAGUUCUGUUUAUCCAAAGUGUGGACUAAAGGGGCAACUUCUUGUGAUCCCAUUUGCCAAGGAAAACUACACUCCUCCGUGAACAAUUUCAUUUCAAACAAUAAGCUCAGCUGGAAUAUAAAAGCAGAAGCAUAUUUCCUGUGUAGGUACAUGGCUAACUCUUGCCAAAACAGAAUAGAAGACUCGUGGCUUCAGUGUUCUUUGGAUCAAGCCUGAGGACCUGUUGCCUGACUCUCUUUUGUCCAAAGUUAUUGCUAACUAGGUUUAGGAAGAUACUGUCGGAUUGUGCAGGCAAGUCAGAUGUGUGUGCACUUUUUACCAAAGAAUUUUCUGAGGAGAAUUUAUCCAAAGCUUUUCUCUUUUGUCCCUCUUGUAGACUGAGGGGAAAACACAUUUAUACAGUCUUUUUUACUUCAGUUAUCAUUAGAUAUAAGCAGUUAUCUUUACCAUAGCUAAUUGCUCUGCAGGACUAAUUUUUUUAAUUGCUGUUGGGGAGCAAAGAGAGCCCUCUAAUGGCAGGAGCAAAGGUGUUGGUUUCAAUCCACAUAUGCCUGUGGUUCCCAGUAGCCUUCAGUAUUAUAAAAUUUACAGCAGCCACUGGAUAAUCUACCUUGCUUUUGAGCACAUAACUGUUCCAUUAUGCUUUGUCUUCUGAUCUUAGAGCAGGGCUCUUGGUACAUAAGUAAUUCCCAGGAAUUACUUCUGUUUUCAGUGUCUCAGUAGUAGAUCUCUGCUAGAAAAGUUCAGUAUCUGGAUAUAGAUUUGUUCACGUUGUCAUUCAACCAUGUGCCAACAUCUGUUAGUGUGUUUAAGAUGACUGUGAAUAUCUUGAAGUGUGAGGGAUUAAGGCCCAAGUUUCCAGGCUGAUGCUCCACAAGGGAGCUAAGGACAGAUUUCCUAUAGGAUAAGCACCUUACACUCACAAUGCCAUCUGGUCAGGCUCUGAACACGUUAUCAGAGAAAUCAGGUCGCUCUGUGUCUGUGAGCAAUCCUCACGUGAACGUGACUGGUCUGGCUUCUGCAGCCUCACAACCACAACAACCUCAGUUGACUUGCAGAAGAAGGACUUUACAAUUAAAAAUUGUAAAGCAGGUAUAUUUUAUUCCAGCUGGAAUAAUGUUGCAGAUAUGUUUUAUUUCAGCUGGGAUGCAUGGGGGAUAUUUCCACCAAAGGCACGUGUACCUGGUGAGACAGAUUCCAGGUUUAAAUAUGCAUUGAUCCCCCAAGCCCAUACCUCCCUGCCUGCCCAUUCCCUUCCCAGAGCUUUUGGUGGUGCCACACCUCCUGGUGGUCCUGGGUGGGUGUCUUUGAUGAGGUAACAUCAUCCUCCUUGAUGUUUGCUGCUUUCUUCUGGGCAGGUGCAGUGGAGGUUUGGCCAAAACCAAAGGGAGCAGAGGGCACACAGGUGCAAUGUAUGAACAAUCAGGGGUAUAAAAGGUUGGGCUAAAGAAUAAGGAGGGCAAUGCUUGAAGCCUUCUGACGUGGUAAGGUGUUACUCUGUAUGGGAUGAAGCUGUAAGAAAUUCUGAGGUGAUACUCUGUGUGUUGGGCCACCUCAACUGCAACAUGUGCUGCAACAUGUAUGAUCAUUUAACUGCAUUGCUGUGCGCUCCAUUUGUGAUGUGUGGUGCAGUCACAGCAAUGGUUGCAUUCUGGCUAAAGGAACUCUGUGUGCAAAAGCCAAACAGCAACAGGGAUUCUCCUCAAACACCUGACAAGCAAGGUGCUGCUUAGGUCAGUGAAGAAGAGUGCUUUUCUGCUGGGUUUUGUCAUCUUGUUUGGGCUUCAGCACUGAUGCCAGCCUCAGGGGGCAAAAUAUUCCUGAGGCAUCCUUUGGUGCUUACCUGGUUUCUGAAAAGCAAGUAUCUUCAAAAGUGCUUCAGAUUGUCUCCCAAAACUGAAGUGCACGUGAAAAUGCUGUCUGCUAGGUGGGUCCUCCACACAAAGCUUCCUGUUUGCAUUGUCCCAGAACCCUGUGUCCCAGUCAGUGCCAGUUGUGUGGUCUGUUCACUGAGCAAUGCUAAAACCUAUUUGCAUCACAGGUUUCUCCCCAAGGAGUCAAUAUGUAUAGGAAGGUGUUUUCAUCAGGGGAAAAAAAAAAAAAAAGUGUGAAGAAGUCCAUCUGUUUAUGAAUGCUAUCAGGGAAGCAGUGAGGUGGUUAAAAACAAGAUUCUGUAUGAGCUGAGAUAAUGCAGUUGUGUCUCCAAGUCCCUCUUUAAAGCAAUUUUUUUUUUUGACUCAGUGGCUUUCCUAUUGUUAGCUUCCAUUACUUGGGAAACUAUAAAUGAUGGCAAUUGUCACUCAGCUCUUAUCUUGAUGUUGUUUGAGUGUACCAAGGUUAAACAAUUCAGCAUUUUCUUUUUACUUAGUUAAAUAUAUACCAAUGCUGCUGCUUUAUUCUACACACAUCUUCAGGAGUGUGGUUGAUGAAAAGAGAGAAAGCACUCUAUGUCUUGACCUUGACCUCAUAAGCUCCACCUUUGAUAGUCUUUGAAAGGAACUCCUCUUAAAUUUCCAUUUAAGUCCGGACUCAGCAGUUUUUAAAACAGAUUCUUGAUUCUGAGCAGUAAAGUCAAUCUACUCUUCAUAAUUUUAUUAUGAAAUAUUAGUGCUUUGCACUUUUUCCUGUCUUUUGAACAGAAAUUUCUAUUUCCUUCCUCAACAUUUUUUCCAUGCUUCCUUUUGUUCCUAAACAUGUCAAGUCCUCCUCUUCCUUGUCAGUUUUCAUUGAACAGAAAAUUAAUAUUUUGCCUCUUGGUAAAAUGAUCUCUCAUCCCUUCUUUGUCUAUGUGGAAUCUCAAAAAAACUCUGUGGUCUGAAUUUCCUCAAGUGCUGAAAUACAUUAAUUUGUCUUCAUGAAAUUCUGUCCAUGAGACUGACUGGAGUGUAUCUUUUCAAAAAAAAAAAUGUUGUAAAAUGGGGCUGCAUUGCUUUUUUUGCUUUGACACUAAUUUUGUACCAAGGACACUUAUAGGAUUUGAACACAUCUGUUUCAAGGCAGCAUAUAAUCAUCUUAAAGCAACAGUAUGAUAAGAGAUUUUUCUGUCAUUUAAUUUGUAUUUCAGCAUUCACUGCAGUAACUUUGGAUUGUGUAAUCUUAGUUAGGAGAUGUGAAAAUCUUUCUCAGAUAUUUUAUUCAUUCCUCUGUAUCUAUUGUUGAGAUUCUUGCUAUGUAGUUCUCUUGAUUUACCUUAUUGAUAGAUUGAUAAAAAAAAAAAAAGCCAAGUAAGUACAGCAUUUUGAGAUAAAGUUCUAGAAAUUGUUGGAGGAGAUGGUGAGAGCAGAGUGCUCAUAGGUAGAGCUAGUAGGAAUGAAGAGACAAUCUUUGGUCUCUCGCCAGGUUAAACUAUUUGAUUUGAGAACCAUAUACACACACUGAUUGUAGAAAUCUCUCCAGGCAAAGAGUGGAUAGUUGAUGGAAAAUGCACGUGGGACUAGAGCAAUAGUCCCACAUGUUUUGAAGGUAAAUUACUUCAAAGCUGAGUAUUUAAUAUUCUUGUAAUAGAAAAUCUGUUGACAUAUAGCAUGUUUUUUAGGUUAAGGACAAGCACUGCUUUGGUAUAAGGCUGCCUGGAUAUUCAGGUUUCCUCUGGCCACAGCAAUCCAAGGCAAAGGCUGCUGUAUGCCCUGGCCAGGGAUCUCCAUACCCUAACAAGUUGGUAAUUCAAAAUGUAGAGGUGGACCUUGAAGACUUCUGAGGAACUUUAGUCUUUUCUCUCCUACCAAAAAACUGGCCCAGGUUCUUGCAGAUGCCCCAGUUCCUAUAGUUUCUCCCAGCAACCAGACAGAAGAAUUGCAUGAGGAAUUCUGAGUGAACUGUGCUGUGCACAAUGCCUCCAGGUAUCAGUGGUAAGUUCCACAGCCCCUUUUAGCAUGUGAUUUACAAAGAGAAGGCCACAAUGUGAUUUGGUGUCUUUCUGCCCAUGCUGAGGUUUAUAUAAAGUGUGCAGCACUUUCUAUGUUGAAUUUAUUGACACACCCAAAUGUGCACACAAAAAAUGCUGCAUACUCCUCUCCAGGGUAAUGUCUAAUGUCAUAUACACCCUGAAUUCAAGGACAAGCAUAUUAAAAAAUAGCUUUAACUAUUGUUAUAUGAGUGUGAACUUUAUUACUUAUUAAUACUUGUCCAGAGCAUAGAACAGAGGGAAAUGGAAACACAAAAUCUGAAGACAGUAUAUAGUAGUUAAAAAGCAAAGCAGGACAGUGGAAAAUAAUAUCUGUUAUUUCUUUCAUUUUAUUUUUCUCACUAUUUUUAAAUUGCAAAUGCAUGUAAGCAUCCAAAAACUGAUCAAAAUGCAACACAUGAAAACCUCCCAUUUAUAUGCCAAGCAGGCAUUCCCCAGGUGAGCAGCUCUAAUGUGAGCCCUGAGGUGGAAGGGCCACUCAGGAUGUGGAAUGAGUAAUUUCCCUCUGUGCCAGCUGAGUCGUGCCCUCUGCUCAGCCCGCCAGCACAGGUGGCAGCUGGGAUUCCAGUGGCACAGCUGGGAUUCCAGUGGCACAGCUGGGAUUCCAGUGGCACAGCAGGGCUCUCCCUCCCUCAGCUGUGAGCAGGCUUCCAACUUCCCCCACCCCGAGCUCCUGGUGGCAUUGCUGUGCUCCUGGGGAGGUUUAGGUGCCAUUUUAUGUUGGCAUCUGCUGCCCCUUCUAGUCUGGCCAAUAUUUUAGGCUGUGCUUUGGGACUGGGCUCAAGAGCAGCUGUCUUUGUGGAACCCACAAUUCCCCCAUUCAGGGUUGUAGAAACAGAAAAAGUGAAGUUCUUGGUAGUGAUGAAAGCCCUUUCUUGAUUAAGGAGGAUUACUAGUCUUAGAUUUAAAGUUUAGGGCUAAAAAAGUGAAUAUGGUGGAGCCCAGGAUUCUCCAAGAUUCUCAAAGAGAUGAGAGUUAACAGGGCAAGAAAAGGUACUGCUUUCCUGAAACCCCCUCCUACCCCUUUUCUUCCAAAGGAGAAAAUUCAUCAAAAUAAGCCUGGAUCCAUGACCUCUGUUGGUUUUGAUCAAAGUGUAUUUUCUGACAGAAAAAACAACUCUGUCAAAUGUUGCUGCGUUAGGUAUGGAUCUGACUGUGCAUAGACACAUCUUAGCUAUGUAAGGGGAUUAAGAGCUCAAACUCAUUGAAAUUCAGGAGGGAGGCAUUUUGCUUCCUUGGAGAUGCAGGCCCUAGAGAUUCAGAUCCCCAGGGGAACAGACAGCUAUUAACUUUGACAAGAGCUCUCCAUCACUUGUUCUAGGAAAAUUCUCAGUAGAAAAAAAUCAUAUUGUUAGUCCUGGAUUGAGGAGGCAGAUGAGAAGACAUUUAGGUGCUAUUUAUAUUUUCUUUUGGGCACCAUGCAGAUCUAUUUCUGUGAUUUUUAUCAGUGGUUUAAUACUAUUUUUGACAGAGGUGGGUGAUAGUCCCUAUAACAGGGACUAAAUUUAUAUCUGUCUUCUAUAUGUGUAUCUGCUCCCACAGUUUUCAGCUUUCAAUCCCCAUAUCAUGAAUUUAAAUGCACUAAAAAUACAUUUGUUUUUCAGAGUUGCCUGCUGCCGGUUUUCCUGAGCUUUACAGGCCACUGCUGAGUCACAGAUUGGUUCUACAUGGAGCUUUUGUAAAUAAUGCUCUACAAAUAUAAUCAUAGAGUCAGAACAAAGGUUUGAUCCCAUAGGAGAUGGUCAGAAAAAGAUCAAGAUGUUAAAGAGCCAUCCCCUGGUUUAAUUUCCGAGCUUCUGGCAGGUGAUAAUGUAGUGCUGUACCGAACCAGAGUUUGCAUCUGUGUCAUCACGUUUGUUAGUCAUCAGUGAAACCAGUCUUCAUUAAUUUGGCUCAUCCAUUUGCAGCCUUCUUUUGCUCUCUGUACCAUUCUCUGGUAAAUUCCAUUAUGCAUGAUAAGUUUUGUUAAUAUUGGCCCAAGAGUUUUGUUUUUCUCCCUCAGAGAGCCUUGCAGUUGAUCUGUUCUGCAGGCAGAGGUGUUCUGCCAGCAGCGCUGUAGAUCCCAGGGGAUCUGCAGGUGCCCACAAGCCCUGUCCACAUCCCACAGCACAGGAGCAGCACAGCAAAGGCCUCUGCCAUGGCCCCGUCCAGCAUUUGUAAGGACACUAUUCACACUACAAAUGUGUGACAGGAUCUAUCAGCUCCUUCUGCAGGACAAUUAUACUGGAGCUGCCCAGCCUGUCCCUCCCCUCCAUGAGUGAUGGAAGCACUGCCCAGCUUCAGCUCUGCACCCUAGGGGCUGGGAGGGGAGGGGAGGGGAGCCUGUCUGUGGGGUUAUGGCUGGGUAACAACCACAUGUCUCUUCUGCAGCUUCAGCAAACCAUGGUAAAACACACGGGUGACUGAGGGAGCCAAAGCUUCCACUGCUGCCCUGUGUGAAGAUGCUUCCUGGCUCUGCCCCUGCUUUCAGUGUUCCCACUUCACCUGUGCCACUACAGCCGCCCAGCACAUGCAGCUUCUGCCAUGUUCUAAAGCAUUGUGAUGGGCAACUCUUUGCCUGAUUACCUCCCUGGACAUGUCUUUCGCUCUGGCUCUUCAUUAACCCAGAAAACUCCAUUAACACAACCUUAAAGGGCAAGUACUUUGCUGCAGGUCAGGUUUAGCCAGCUCAGCUCCAAUGUAAACAUCUCUGCUUGGCACACAGGUGCUGCAGGAUCACUGUCACAGAAUCAUCUGAGCUGGGAGGGACCACAAGGGUCCUUGAGUCACUACUGUCACUGAUGGAGCUCCUUUCAAGCACAUUUAUCUGUGCUUUAUUUUGGUUGAUUUUUAAACAUAUAGUGUGUCGCAAUAUAUGUAUUUUUAGUUAGUGAAAACAUCUUUUAUAUGUCAAACCAAGCAAUUUUAAAAAGCUAUUCUGUUAGCUUUUUCAGUGUGUUGAUGGUUAAACACACUUCUUAGUAUGUUGAAAAUUUUCUGCUGAAAGUAAAAGAUGCUUUCAGCAAUUCGUGCAGUUUAAGAAUUAAAUGAUCAGGCCAAGUCGUAAAAAUAACAUUUUGACUUCUGCGUUUUUAAUAUGCAAUGUUUUAUAUGUUUUUGCUAUCAUAAGUGCUUUCUUUUAAAUUGUAAAAAUCAUUUCUGUUGGUUUUGCUAAUACUAGAUUUUCUUCUUUUGUAGUUUCUCAAGAUUACCAGAGCUAAAAUAAAAAUAAACUUCUUUUAGCACUUUAAAACACAGAACUGUCUUAGAGAAUUAGAGUUCAGAAAGAAAACAAAUUUCUACUUUACCUUCUCCCUGACUUGUGUGUUUGGACAGCACAAACACAGUACCGACAGCAAAACAUGGGAGUUACACUGAUUCCUCCAAAUCUUGUCUCAGAGAUGAGUCCCACAGCUCCCUGCAAAGUAAUUGGUCUAAUUAGGUGGUAGGAAGGAGCUUCUUUAAAUUCCUCAGAAAUUAAGACGUGUCAUCCGCUUAACAUCUUAGCAUCUGCUACUGCCUCUUCCACAUUUCUCUGCUACAUCAGUCUGAAGGGCACUUUCCUGGACAUUUCAGAGAGACAAAAAAAUAAAAAUAAAUAAAACCAACAAAAACCAAGCCCUUAUAACACAGAAGAAGUUGGCUCUUUCUUCAGUGGGAUGAAGCAUGUAAGGCAUUUCACCCCCUCCUUAUUUCUCAGUUUGGUGCAUGUUUGCCUGGUUCAGGCAAAUUAUGCCCCCUAUUUCUUUGAUAAUGGAGCCAGAAGCACAAACGGGAACAUGGCACUUCUCAGCCUUUCAGAGGACACGCCUGUUGGUACCCAUGUGUACACUCUGAAUGGAACUGACCCAGAAGGAGAUCCUGUGACAUAUGGCCUGACCUAUGAAGCUGGAUCAAGGCGCUACUUUUCUGUUGACAAGAAUCAUGGAAAUGUUACUUUGAUCGAGGAGCUUGACAGAGAGAAGGAAGAUGAGAUUGAAGUUAUUGUCAGUAUUUCAGAUGGCCUGAGUACAGUUUCUGAAAAAGUCAGGAUCCUUGUAAUGGAUGCCAAUGAUGAGAGCCCAGAGUUCAUCAAUACACCUUACAUAGUCCAAGUCCCAGAGAACACUCCCUCCAGCAGCAGUAUCUUUAAGGUCGAGGCAAUAGACAAAGACACGGGUUCUGGAGGAAGUAUCACCUACUUCUUGCAGAACAUCCAUGCUAAUAAGUUUACAAUAGACCGUCACAGCGGCGUCCUGCGCAUCAAGCCAGGGGUCACCCUGGACUAUGAGAAAUCAAGAACACAUUUUGUUGUCGUCGUAGCCAAGGAUGGUGGUGGGAAGCUCAGGGGAGACAACAAAGUCUUUUCAGCCACAACAACAGUUACCAUCAAUGUGGAGGAUGUUCAGGACACUCCUCCUAUGUUCAUCGGGACUCCCUACUAUGGAUAUGUCUAUGAGGACACGCUCGCAGGCUCUGAGGUCCUUACUGUUGUUGCUCUUGAUGGAGACAGAGGAAAGCCUAACAGUAUUCAUUAUUGCAUCGUGAAUGGAAGUGAAGGUUCAUUUGAAAUCAGCAACACAACUGGAGCCAUUUCUGUGAUAAAAAGCCCAAAUCAGCUCAAGAAAGAAGUGUAUGAACUAAAAGUUAAGGCAUCAGAAGUCAGUCAGGAAGGUGACAUCUCUGAGUACACAUUUGCCACGGUGACCAUACGGGUGGUGGACCUCAACAACCACCCACCAACAUUCUAUGGAGAAAAUGGUCCCCAGAACAGGUUUGAACUGACCAUGUACGAGCAUCCCCCAGAAGGUGAAAUCUUAAGAGGAUUGAAGAUUACAGUCAGUGACUCAGAUCAGGGAGCCAAUGCUAAAUUCAACCUCCGUCUUGUUGGACCUGGUGGCAUCUUCCGAGUGGUUCCUCAAACUGUCCUGAAUGAGGCUCAGGUUACAAUAAUAGUGGAAAAUUCUGCUGCUAUUGACUAUGAAAGCUUCAAGGUGUUAACCUUCAAGCUUCUUGCAAUAGAGGUGAACACACCGGAGAAAUUCAGCUCGACAGCUGACGUAGUGAUUCGCCUGCUGGAUACCAACGACAAUGUCCCAAAGUUCUCCUCUGACUACUACAUUGCCAGGAUCCCCGAGAACUCCCCAGGGGGCUCCAAUGUAGUUGCUGUUACAGCUACAGAUCCCGAUUCAGGGCUUUGGGGAGAAAUCAAGUACUCUAUCUAUGGAACAGGAGCAGAUCUGUUCCUAAUCCACCCAUCAACAGGUAUAAUUUACACCCAGCCGUGGGCUGUACUAGAUGCUGAAGUGAACUCAAAGUAUAAUUUCUAUGUGAAAGCAGAGGACACAGAUGGGAAAUACAGCUUGGCUGAAGUGUUUAUCACUGUGCUAGAUGUCAAUGACCACUCUCCAGAGUUCAAUGAAAACAUCCAGGAAAAGACGAUGAUCAUUGGGUCACCGGUGAAGAUAGAGGCUAUAGACCAAGAUGCAGAAGAACCCAACAACAUUGUGGAUUAUUCCAUCAUGCAAGCAGAUCCAGCCAAUGUGUUUGACAUAGACCAAAGCACUGGGGAAAUCAAGCUGAAAUCCUAUAUCCGAUCUCUGGACAUCAUCCACAACAUCACAAACAAUAAAGACUGCAUAUGGUCAUUGGUGGUCCAGGCCAAAGACCGAGGCUCCCCGUCCUUCAGCACCACAGCAGUUCUGAAGAUUGACAUCACAGAAGAGACUCUCCACAAAGGGCCUAUGGCCGCCUUUUUGAUGCAAACUAAAGAUAACCCCAUGAAAGCCUUAGGAGUGCUAGCUGGUGUCAUGGGCAUAAUGGUGCUGAUAACUAUCAUGAUCUCUACUGCCAUGUUCUGGCGCAACAAGCGGUCCAACAAAGUCAUGCCGGUGAGAAGGAUCAUAAAAAAGAGGCAGAUGCCGCCAUCCCGGACAGUCAGGAUGGAGUGGCUGAAGUUCAAGAGGCCCAGCAACGCUGCAGAGAAGUUUGUCGUUGAGGAGGACGUGAAGAGCCUACACAAUGAGAACAGCAACAAUAACGUCCAGGUUGUCCCCGUGCCGCCAGCAGCCCCCCUGCCCCCGCCACCCCCUGCCCUGGCUCCCCGGGGCGAUGCCCCAGGGUGGCGGGUGCCAACCGUGUCCGGGUCCCUAACCCCCAAGCAUAUUAUCAAGCCACAGAAGAAGAAAGGUCACAGCAGCACCCACAAUGCUCUCGUGUCAGAACUCAAAAUGAGGUUUGAGAAGAGGAAUGCAGCUUUUGGGGAGCCCCACAUCUAGGUGCUCUCAGCAGCCCCCAGAGACUGGAGACUGUGGCUGGGCAUGGAUAUUUUUACUUGCUGUCUCUUCCCUGUGUCUGUCAGCACCCUGUGAACCAGAGCAGCUGCUCGCUGUGAUAGCCACCCCUCACCUUCUGCAAGUACCAUCGCGACUGCGGCUCCCUCGGCCGUGUCCCGUGGGCCCUCCCUGCAGCCACGUCUGACCACGGUGCUGAGUGCACCGGCCACAGCUUCCCCAGGUGGACAGGGACUCGGGCUGCCCCUGGUUUGAAGGUCUCUACCCAGAGCUUGGGUUUGCAAACAAAUGCUCUGCAGCCAAGGCCCUGGUGGAUGCUUCUUCUGACCUGGCCUGGCAGGUGGGUUUGAGGUGUCUGAAAAUCCAUCACUUCAAAUCCCAGACCCAUUUUUGAAGACGUUGGCCUGGCUGUGGCAGCAGCACUGAGUCAAGGUGCAGGUCUCCUACAGCAGUGACACUGCCCUGUCCUGUGCACAGUGUGCUAUGCAACAGCUGGCGGAGCGAUGUGCUCGUGGCCUGAGUACCUUCAUUCCCAAAAGGCAAGCGGGCACGCUUGGAGAAGUUCUUUGUUUUCCUGCAGCUUACGCUGGGUUUUGCCAGAGCACAUUGCCAUGAUGCUGUGCUUUGCUUCUGCCCUGGACUUGCCUGCCGGGAAGGGAUGGGAUGGGCACCUCAGCCUUCCCUGGACCAGCAGGGGCAAGAUUUGAGCACAGAAGUUCAAUAGCAACACUCAGCACUGCCUCCUGAGACUGCGCCCCAAAAGAGCGGGAGCCCAGAAGGAGAAGGACAUGAAUAAAAACACUGGGAAGACAAGGUAAAACUGAGAGGCAAAUGAUAAGCAGAAGACAGAGACAAGUGCUGGAAAGUUGCAUAUGUUGGUCAGGGAAGUGUCUGGAAAGGUCAUAUGGUGUUGUACACUGCUAGCAGUAAGUGUCAAGGAAUAUAUUUCAUCACCUCUCCUGGCUUAUUGCAGGGACUGGUGUGUGCAAAAGGAGUUUUCCAUAAAAUAUUCAGGUAUUUCAUAUCAGUAUUUUUGAGUGAAUCACACAACAGUUGAUGGGGGAGGACUGGCAGGGCAGCUGACACGUUUUUUUUCCUGUUACAUGACAGUAAAAAGGACCCAAGAGCAGAGCACUUUUUUCACUGGAUCUACCCCACAGACUCCCCCUCAGGUUGGUUUCUGAGAUGUUUUUAGCUGUUUCCCAUCCCCUGGGGAGAAGGCAGCACCAACCAAGCUGGCUGGGGAGCAGCACCCUGCACCCUCUUUCUGAGACCCAACUCUGCAGGGAAGCUGUGCUGUCAGGGUACCAGGAACAUCAAGGUGGGGAGCACACCAUGUUAAUUCAAGGGGUUCAUGAGAGGUCUCCAGCUGUCAUUUCGGUUGAACCAGCAGACCUGGCCCUCAGGAUCUCCUCUCACUCCAGUAGCUGAAAUAAUUCCCCUUUUUGCACCAGGACUUCCUCAGUUUAGAGGAUGGCUGGUUGACUAUGAAAUUAUGCACUUACAAGGAAAAUCUUGUAUUUUUUAACUUCAGUUCAACCUACCUAGAAGCCAAUAGUGCUCGCUGCUCAUGUCAGCAGGAGCUGAGCCAGCAGCUGUAGCCAAGAGGUGCAGGAGAGUCCCAGCUGGGAGCCAUGGCAGGAGCACAGCUCCCAGAGCCUCUCCUGUCACAUCUCUCAUUUUCUCUACUGUUUUCUUGCUUAUCCCUCCUCCUGGGGCACUGUGAUGUGAGGCCAAGUUCUCACCUGUCCAGUCCCCUCGUCCUUGUCCCCUGGCCAUAAGCUGGCUGGAGGGAGGGGACAUGCAGCUCCUGACCCCAGUCCUGUUGCCCUGUGCAAGCACCUGCCUUCUGCUGGCUGUUUCCACAGGUUCUGCAAUGUUCCCCCAAGUUCCUGAUUUAUUCCCCAUUUCACUGUCUUCCCAGUGUUGUGUUAUUGCCAGUAUUCAGUGUUCAUUCUCUAAUGAGGAAAGCCUAUAAAGACCAUUCAAUUAAGUCAGAUUUAACAGGAAUUACAGGCUUAUAGUCUUAGAGAUUAUAUUUAAGAGGCAAUAAAGAUGUUUUAUUAAUAUGUUGCGAGACUCUUUCCCAGUUACUCUGUAUUUCAACUUCAAGGGUUUUUUUAAUAAAUAAAUUUUUUAAAAAUCUGCAAAA